UAAUUAAGUAUAUUCAAUCAUUUUACUGCAUUUUUAUCAGUUAUUAUCUAAUUUUGGUGUGAAAUUAUGUCAACCAAACAACACUUAGGUCUUCCGCAUUAUCAAUGGCAAUCAUUAUACUUACUACGAGAUGAUACCGGUUACGGCUUUACGUGUGUUUACAUCACCAUUUAGAUACGAGUCGCAAUUAGUUUUUUUCGGAAUGUAUUAGUUUCAACAAAUAAAUUGCAAUCGAACAGAGCUAUGCAAUACUUGACAGUAAAAUCUAGAAAAGUACUUGAAAUAAACUGAGCAAGCUGUGAGUCACUUUUUGUUAUUAUUGGAUAAUUCAUCGAAUUUAAAAACAAUAUGAACUCAUUUAAAGCACCACCAGGGAAGCAGGUCGAUGAUAAAAAGAAAUUGAAUUUUAUAUUGAUGGCUUGUUAAGAAAUCGGUACGUUUGUUAAACGGUGUUAAUAAAAAUUGACACGGUUACCCAUGCCGAACCACAACAUUGUUGCGUUUUUAUUCAAUAUUGCGUAUGAGCGCGCACAAAAUCAUCCUGUCGCAUAAAAUUGGUGUCGAUGUCAAUCCGACUCCUUACAGUGUUGCGCAUGUUCGGCUCGCGUUUGAAUCGCGUAUUACGUUCAGUUUAGCUUUGGCAGUCAAUGUAUCAGCACGAACAUUACGACACAUAGUGAUAUCCACAACAAACAACUGCGAACUCGCUUUCGCACACAUUCGUAUGUGCAACGAUCAUUGAGAUAAAAAAAAGUCAAUUAAAAACAAUUAAAUGAACGAAUCGAACAAACAAACAGAAAGUUCAGUCGAGUUUUUGUAAGCAAAAUCCAAAAAAAAAAACACAGCUGAUUCGGUUCAUUGAAUCGCAGAAUAUUUUAUAAUCUAUAUUGGAAUGUUUGUAUUACAAGAAAUUGUGUGUAAAAAAACUGUGUGCAAAAAAAGUAACAAAAAUAGACGAUCAGUAGAACAAAGAAUUGAGAAUCGAAGUUGUAUGCGUGACAUUACGCGCUGAGUGUAUGGACUGUGUAGUUGUUGCAUUCAAUCAAAGCUAAAAUUAGCGAUAACAUUCAAAUGUGUGAUUUGGCACGAAACCAAAACAAAUAACGAUAUGAAAGCAUCAAUACGAUGAAAUACUUGGCGUAAAGAGAGAAUUGGUGACAGGUACUCACAGAAAGAAAGAAAAAAAACGAACAAACACAUGUGCUACUUUGAAUUCAUUCACGGUGGAUCGCAUAUUAUGGUUGUGAAUUCUUGCGCGGUUUACUCAUAAUAUUUAUCGAACAAUGCGAUGUAUGAAAGUUCAACUGUGAUUGAGAUAAAGAGGAGGGAGCAACAAUUAUUUUCAGUGCUAUGAUAAACAGCAAUAUUACAGCUUAAAGUGGAUUUUCGUUUCUUGUUAUUUGAUAUAAGUAGUGAUAAAUUCAAAAUGGAUAUGUUAAGGACGUUGCCAAGACAUUUGGAUGCAAAGGAUUUAUCAAACGAUACAAAUAGUUUGAAUGUCACGAUGCCUGCGGCUGCCGCAGCCGCCUUUCAACUGUCGAGCAAUUUUUUAAAUACAACCCCCGUCAAAACGGAUAUGGAGAUAAUGGAGAAUUCAAUGCUCGAGGAUGAUCCGAAUGCAAAUUGUCAAUUAGCAUCGGCUAAAGUUAUAAAUAGCACAGCCAAUGAAUCACAAUCAUCAUAUCCACGAUGGGGACCACAACACAAAGGCGCUCAAGAGCUAGCAAAUUUAUAUAGUCCAGGCAAACGAAUACAAGAGGUGAUUUGCGUGUACAUGUGCAUUAGUUUAAUGAUAUUAAACUUAUUCCUAAUUAUCCGACAUUUUCGCUUCGAACGAAUGGGUAUUGUGAUUGCAGCUGCACUUUGUGGCAUAAUUACGGCCGAUUUUGGAUCGGGAUUUGUGCAUUGGUUCGCUGAUUCUUGGGGUUCCGUCGAAUUGCCGAUCAUCGGAAAAGCCUUUCUAAGACCAUUUCGUGAACAUCACAUAGAUCCUACUUCAAUAACACGUCAUGAUUUCAUUGAAACGAAUGGAGACAAUUUCAUGGUAGCUUUGCCAAUUUUAGCCCGUGUCGCAUACAACUUUCUAACAAAUAGUCCGACAGAGAUACAAGAUCAUUAUCCAAUUAGUGCUUAUUUAUUCCUUUGUUCGAUAUUCGUGGCGAUGACCAAUCAGAUACACAAGUGGUCGCAUACAUAUUUUGGGUUGCCAUGGUGGGUUCUAUUUUUACAAGAUCAUCAUAUAAUUUUACCACGGCGACAUCAUCGAAUACAUCACGUGGCACCGCAUGAGACGUAUUUUUGCAUCACGACCGGGUGGCUCAAUUGGCCAUUGGAAAAACUCAGAUUUUGGUCAACUAUGGAAAUCAUCAUUGAGUAUGUGUUCGGUUGCAAGCCAAGAGCCGAUGAUUUCAAAUGGGCGCAAAAGUCACAAUAAAAUCCAAACGGCAGGCUGUACCAGCAAGAAGUACCGACGAAAUACAACUAUUAGAGUGUCAUAAUGUUGAUUUCAAAUGUGUCACAAAAGAACAUAUCGAUUAAGCUGAAUGCAUUUGCCAUAAAUACCUCUGAUAGUGAUAAGCUUGUGAGCAUUGUUCUUUGUAUAUUUUGUAUGGAUUUUAUAUACUGCACAGCUCAUAUCUCAAACCCAAACGUUUAAAUGAUGAAUUUUAUUGUGUUUCGUCAGCGGCAAAAAUCCAUCUUUUACAGCUUAAGUUCCUAAUGCAAAUUGAAUGAAGGAUACAUUGUUGGUUAUACCAUUAUUUACCAAUUAAUUGAAUUCAGAGAAAAAAACGACUAUAAAAGUCGUAAAAAAUAUAUUUAGCUGGAAUUUGUUCAUUUGUCUGUUGUCCUUGAGUCAACUUUUUAUGAGCUCCCUCAUAACGAUGUACCUACUUUGCGUCAGUAUUUAAUGGAACCGAAAAUUGUUUUGGCUAUUAGCAGUAAUGAUGCGAAUGAAUGUCGUCACUAUUGUUGUAAUGUUCUUUUAUGAGCUUUUUUUUGAAAGUAGACAUCGCAACGUGUUACAUGGUCGGAAGAUAGUGUGAUAAAGUAUACACCUGUUCGAAUCGAAAUAAAACUUAUAUUGAAUAUAAAUAACAUGCGAUGUGGAACAUUGCCGAAAGGACACAUAAAAGUCAAUUAAUUUAUCCUAAUUACAAUGGCAAUAUAUAUGAUAUGAGAAUGUGACAGAAAAAAAAAACUAGAAUGUAAUCACAGUAUUAUAUGCCACUUAUUUAUAUGCUCGUUAAUAUAAUUAUAGAUCAAAUCUAAUUUGUAUUAAGAAUCAUAUUAUACGAAAUUGGAUCUUUUGAUUUCAUUUAAAGAGAAGAAAAGAGAACAUAAAAAAUUAGAUGAAUUGAAUCAGUGCAUCGAAAAAAUUGCUAUCAUAACUUCUAAAGUUGGUGAUCCAAAAGGGGUAAUUUCAAGGGGAAUGUCACAAAAAAACGUACUAGAAUUAUAAAAUUCGGAAUAGGUCGUAAAAGGUUGAAAUAGUUUGGAAUAAGCGGCAACGUAAAUGUCAACAAAAAAAAAUUAUAUUAUUAUUAUUAUUUUAUUAUUCACAGAAACAUUAGGUUUUUAAUUCAGUCGUCGGCACCGAAACAUUUCAAUAUUUUUGCGAAUAUAUUUUUUGUAUAAUUUAAAUAAAUAUAUUAAACACUUACAACAAAAAGUAUAUUCAAAAAAAUAUUGAAAUGUUUUUGACUGAAUUGAAAGCUCAAUGUUUCUGACACCAUAUCGGCGUAUUUGUUGACAUUUACAUAACCACUAAUUCCAAACUAUUCCAACCUAUUUCGACCUAUUCCGAAUGAUAUAAUUCUAGUACGUUCUUUGUGACAUUCCCUUUGGGUAAUUUUAAAUUUAAACAUUUGAUAAAAAAAUGUAUGGGGUAGUUCACGUCCCAGACAUACGUCCUCAAGAGAAAUAUUUAAGGGGUUAAUUGAAAAAAAAUCGAGAGGGAUAAGCAAAAAAGUGAAGUGUGUUUUGUGAAAAGUGUACUUUUUUCGUUUUGCUCUUCACUUUUUUGGCCAAAAUCCCUAGCAAAUUGGAAGAAUUCGUUAAAAAUUCGAAAGGGGUCAACACUUCGUCAGUGAGGGUAAUCGGACCCCUCGGACCCCUGCUGAGGACGUAUGGUCCCAGAAAAAGUGAAGAGCAAAAAAAUCCAAAGGCUGUUAUUUGCAAUAAAAUACGGGAUUGUUUCUCUGAGGAGGAGGAUUAGUGAGAUGGCAUAUAAGAAGGAGAGCGCUGAGAAGGAUCCUUCCUCUCAAGCGAUUUGGGAAAAGUUUUUUUUUUUAAUCAAAAAGCUCUUUUUAUCGCAGAAAUAUCAUUUUUGGUUGAAAAAAAAAUUCCUCCUCCCCAUUAGCCACCUUCCCACUCCUCCUUCUCAGGAGAACAAUACUUGUAAAAGUAAUUUUUCCACUGCACAGAUUCUUCAAUGGAUCUUCGAUUAGAAAAGAUUAAUAGUAGCACGAUCUGAUGCAUACUUAUUUUCAACAAAUUACGAUUGUUCAAUCAAUCGAAUAUCUUUGUCGGACAUUAUCAAAAAAGUUUCACAUUUUGAACCACAAAUACCAUUGCAUUCUCACUCAAAUAAUACUGGUGUAAGAAUAACUGUUUUUAUCGUUAUUAGCUUAAGAUACAAAUUAUUGAAGAAUUUACUCGAAGCGGGUAGUGCCUUUAGAGGAUGAAUCGAAUAAAAAGGUAAAAUAAAAACUAUAUUAGGCUUUGCAAGAUUAUAUAAAUAUAUAUAAUUAUAAUUUCACACCCACACAAUUCCUAUGUAAGAAACAUUAUAAUUUUGUAUGUGAAUAAAAAACUGAAAUCUACUCAAGUGCUAUAGUAAAU